CGGCCCCGCCCCUCUCAGCCCGGCCUUAGCGGCGGCGGCGCGGCCUCCGCUCACAGCGCGGCCCGGCGGGAUGGCGGCGGCGGCGGAGCGCGGCCGCGAUGGCAGCUGCCACUUCCAGCGCUCCCGGCUCAUCUGGAUGGUCGCCAUCAUCUGCGGCAUGAUCCUGCUCGGUUGGGUAACACUUUGGCCUUCAACUAUACCUUAUAGUUACUUGGGAUUAUUUGGUACCUUCCUUAAUUAUUUAGUGGAACACCACCACAAAUGGGUAUGCUACGGGUUCUGGAUAUCCUGGUUGAUUCACAUAGUGGAAGCUCUCUACGGUAUUAAGUUAUGCCAAGCUAAAGGAAUCACUGACCCGUCUGUUCAGUUCCAGUGGUUCGUUCAGACCCUUUUAUUUGGCUACGCUUCCUUUGGUCUCCUGGUGUCUUACAAGCCUGCAGACAAGAAGCAGUACUAGAAGACUAUGAAAGAGGUCACUUCUCACGUACUUAAUCUCGUUUUUCUAAAAAGACCCCCACAUACAUGUCUAGGUGCUGUAAUUGUCUAAAUUACAUUCCUUCUGCAUGAUGCAGUGCCCUUCUACCCAAGCAGCUCUCCUCUUACUAAGCAACACAAUUAAAAUUCACAGGGCCCUGUGGAUACUUCAGUAGAAAAUCAGAUCUUCAAUCUUGGCACUACCAAAUUUUAAUCCUAUUUGUUAUGCAAGAAGCCAAAAGUUGCUCCUUUGCAGAUUUUGACAUGUAUACUCUGUCACUGACAGCUGGUAGCAGUGGUUGAUAAAUUACCUUUUCAUGAGGAGAAUUGUUCUUCAACAGGGAGGGUUAUUGACAGCCACAAGGCAGCUUGCGCCCAUUUUGUAAUAGGAUUUAAAUUUACCUAUAUUUUCUCUGUGGGACUGACAUUGUUGUUAAAGCCUGCUCUUUGCACUUUGUUUUGUCUGCUUAUUUUGUUCCACAAAGGACAGACCACUGUACUGCUGCAGGCACAUUGAAAAGACCAGGUCUCAGCUCAGGCUGAGGUACAGUGAGCUUGGAUACAUAAAGCACUUUAACUUGGUUUAAUACAAGUGCCUUAAAAUUCAUGCAGCAUGACCUCAUCUUUUUAAUGAAGAUUUUAAGUUAUCAGUUAUUAUAGUAUAAAGUAGCUUUGAGGGUAGCUUUUUUGUGGAGUGAUUUAUUAUCCAAAGGGAAAAAAAUUAUCAUUCAAAAAUCUAGCUGAAAAAUUGCUAUUUGGGAAUGAAAUUAGAUGUAGUGAAUAAACAUAUACCAUUAGUUCCCAGAUGCUGAUCUUCUGAAACCUAAGGUUGAGAGACCAUCAUAAGCACACCCCAAGAGUAUUUCCUGUAUGUGUAGUGAGUCUUCCAUCAGAUUGUCUUUUACUUUUGAAUAUUUGAACAAGAAUUUAGCCUGUGUAGUUUUAGCACUUUUAAAACAAAUAACUAUUUAAAGUACUAACUCUGGUGUGGGGAGAAAUUUUACCAUGCCACUUGCCAUGCUACUGUUCUGGAAGAAAGGGUAAGAAAAGGUUGUUCUUUCUCUAACCUCUAAGAGCUCCACAAGGUAACUUUGUGCCUCGUGCAGUACCUACAGGCUGUAACACUUCGAUGUGGGAAGGCCUAUUCAAGCACAGAUACAUAAAGAUUUUGCUUUCAGUGGGUACUAAAAGCAUAGAGAACUGAAGGGUUUGAAAUGGUGGUUUGUUUAUCAUUUGGGUGUUUUUGUUGUUUAAUGGCAAACUGUUUAACUUAAACAUUUUAUAGAGAAGUAGAAACUCAUUUAGUGGCUAGAAAUCCAACAGGAAUGUUAAGAGCCUGAGCUAUGUUUUACUGUGUAACCUUUUGUCUUAGUCUGUGACCCUGAAAUAAAGAUUUUUAAAAAGUGAAGAA